AUGCCUCCUCCUUUAACUCCGUGGGAGUUUUGGCGACAGACUUUGAAUUCGCCAAAACGUAUCUUGGCUCCAAUGGUUGAUGCCUCCGAACUGCCGUGGCGUUUGCUGAGUCGUAAAUAUGGAACUGAACUUGCCUACACGCCUAUGAUGAACGCCGGAAUUUUCAUCCGAGAACCACGCUACCGUCGCGAACACCUUGAAUCGUGUGCGGAAGAUAGACCUCUAAUUGCUCAAUUUUGCGCUAAUGACACUGAAAUCUUCUUGAAAGCCGCAAAAAUGGCAGAACAGCAUUGUGACGCCAUUGAUCUGAAUCUUGGUUGCCCGCAGAGCAUUGCAAAGAAAGGACAUUAUGGUGCCUUCCUGCAAGACGAAUGGGAUCUGAUUAGCAAAAUGGUGAAAUUAAUCCAUCGUGAGUUAAGCGUACCCAUAACGUGCAAAGUGCGUGUUUUUGAGGACAUUGAUAAAUCAAUCGCUUACGCCAAAAUGCUGGAAGAGUCGGGUUGUUACGCGUUGACUGUUCAUGGCCGAACACGAGAGCAGAAAGGUCCACUCACUGGCUUGGCCAGCUGGAAACAUAUUCAAGCCGUCAAAGCUGCCGUUAAUAUACCCGUAAUAGCUAAUGGAAAUAUUCAAUACUGGUCGGAUGUAGAAAGAUGUUUAGAAAGCACCGGUGCUGACGCCGUCAUGAUAGCCGAAGGAAACCUGACCAACCCCGCCCUUUUUGCCAAUCUUCAACCACUAGUCUGGGAUAUGGGUAAAGAAUACCUCGAUCUCGUUGAACGUUAUCCGUGCCCCAUGUCCUACGCCCGUGGGCAUCUCUUCAAAAUUUUCAAUCACUGUUUGACGCUGGAAGAGUGCUUCCACCUUCGCCAAGCCUUAGUAGAUGGAACGAAUCUUGAGGAUUUUAAAGCAGUAGUAGUUGAACUGGAAAAACAUUUUACACCAUAUCAGCAAGGACUAAAGCCAUGGACACCUCCGGCCGAUCAUCCGUCUUCCCGUUUACCUUUCCCGCCCUGGCAUUGUCAACCCUACGUUAGGCCAUCGCCAGAGGAACAUAAAAAGAAAAUUCAGCUAAUUAUGGCAGAGGAGGCUAAACGGAAACGCGAGGAAGAAGAUAACGGCCAGGAGAAACCUGAAGGUGUUCUUUCAAAAAACAAGAUGAAGAAGCUUGCGAGACUAGCGAGAAAUCCUAAGAAACAGGCACGCCUCGCAAGACAGGAUCUUGUUAUGUGCAAUCAGUGCUCGAAUCUUCCUGGAGUAAAGUGCGAACACAAACUAUGCAGAACUUGUUGCAGAAAGAAGUGCGAAACUGAAACACUGACUUGUGAGGGUCAUGCAGGGAUGACUGCCAGGCGGAAGGAAAUUCGAAAUGAUGAACGGAGUGACCUGACGGAAGUGACGAACAGUUCAAAUGACGUCAGCAGUGAUUCAGUUCCGGUUUGACACACAGCAGAGCAAAAUUUCUUGGAGAUAAUCGACAGUCAAACAGUGGCAGGAGACAGCCGCACCAACCUUGGUUGAUAAUAAAUAAUUGUGUUAAUACAUCUGCUCUGAUAAUAUACAGCCUGUUAUACUUA